ACGAGGGAGCACCAGACCGUCAGUGUAGAUAUCAGGAAUGAUGAACAGCCGCGCGCUUUGCCUCUACAUCACGCUCCUCUACCCGAUUCCCAAAACAUUGACGGAAUACUCAACCAAUACUGACUCGGAGUACGAGUUUGGGGAUUACCGGGGCAAGUGGUGCUUAGACGACCACGGAUUUGUGUAUAGCAUCGGGGAGGUGUACUAUCCCAGUCCAUCUGCUUGUCCGUGCACCUGCACUGAAGACGGACCCGUGUGCAUACAACCCCAGUGUCCUCGCAUUCAUCCUCGAUGUACGCGGAUUAAAUACAAAUCCUGCUGUCCAGUGUGUGAGGCAGUUAGCAAAGUGUGUGUAUAUGGUGGCAAAAUUUACAGAAUAUUCGAGGAAUUCAGGUUGUCACGCUGUGAGAGAUGUCGUUGUGAGCCCAACAGGGAGGUGUACUGUUCCAUCUCUGACUGUCCUGCACCACACUGUGUCAACCCUACAUAUGAGCCCAACCACUGCUGUCCUGUCUGCUACACUGGGCCCAAUUGUUUUGUGGGCGACAGAGUGAUCUCGGCAGGGGAGCGGGUAGAGAUAGACAAGCAGACUGUGUGUUACUGCACCUACCGGGACGGCACCUGGCAGAUGCUCCCCCAUGCCACCUGCGAGCAGCGCCCGCUGCCGGACCCCGAUCUCAACCCCAGCCCCUCUGAGCCCCCCGAGGAAGACGAGACCAAGCAGAUGGACAGGGACUUCCGCCCCAGGCUGGACUGGAUCCCGUGAGCAGGCAGGAGGGUGGGUGUGAGGGUAAUAGUGCGCCAAGGGGAAAUGGGGAGAUGAUGGGGCAGGUUGUUUUCCGUGCCCUGCUGAGUGCAGUCUGCAUAGGGCUUAGGGCCAGGGAUGACCUACUACACCACAUUAUACAACCACAAUAACAUUACUAGCUAGUAGUGUUUGUGCAACAUUAUAUAAAACUUUGCACACAGGGACAAUGUAUGGUGCACAUUCAAGACAAUACACAACUAUAACAUACAGUCGUAUGAAAAAGUUUGGGCACCCCUUAC